UCGGGACGGGCGCCUGGUAACGCUCGGCGCGGAGCGGAGGCCGCUGGAAGCAGGCAUAGGAACCGAGGAAGCAGGAGACGAACCCCUUCGCGGGCGAGCGCCUUCCCUGUUUGUAAAACCCGGUAUCUGUGUGGGUUUCGUUCACCAGCACUGUGAAAGGUGCCUAAAGAUUUGAGGGGAUUUCCUUGCACUGCUGCCCACGAUGGAGAACCUUGAGGCCAUCGUUCUUGUGAUCCUGGCAACCCACAACCUGGUCCGCCUCCACCUGCACCGCGGGGGCCUCGCUGCCCGUGCCCGGCGCACCAUGCGCCGUGUUAUGGCGAAUCACAUCUCCUUACUGCACCAGCUCCUCCCCGAUAUUUGCCCCGACAGUGAAACCAGGCUGAUGGUGGAAGAGCUCAACGCCGGGCCCCAUCGCUUCUGGUCCCGACAGAUCAGCCGGGACUGGUGGGAGAGGGUCGUGCUGGAAACCUGGGAGCCCAGCCAGUGGCUGCAGAACUUCCGCAUGACCAAGGACACCUUCCUGGAGCUGUGUGAGGAGCUGCGGCCGGAGCUGCAGCGGCAGACCACCUCCAUGCGGGCACCGCUGAGCGUCGAGAAGCGGGUGGGCAUCGCCCUCUGGAAGCUGGCGACCACGGAAUGCUACCGGUCCGUGGCCACCCACUUUGGGGUCGGCCGGUCCACCGUCGGAGAGGUCUUCAUCGAGGUGUGCCUGGCCAUUGAGAAGCUUCUCUUCAAGAAAGUGGUGGCCCUCGAAAACCCCGACAAGGUCAUGGCCGGAUUUGCAAAAAUGGGCUUUCCUAGCUGCGUGGGGGUCAUAGACAGGACCCACAUACCCAUCAUCUGCACAGUUCGAAAGGGAACCAGCGUCAGCCAGAAAGGAUUUUUCCCGAUGUCCAUGCAAGGCACGGUGGACCACAAGGGACGCUUUGUUGACAUUGAACUUAGCUGGUGUGGUAAAGACAAGGAUACGUCCUUCUUCAGAAACUUGGCCCUGUGUGAGGCGAUGGACCAAGGGUUGUUUGUGCCCGGGAAUCCUAUGAUGACCCUCGGUGGUGUAGAGAUUCCCCCACUGAUCUUGGGUGAUGGGUCCUAUCCCUUAAAGAAGUGGCUCAUGAAACCCUAUACUGAGAACCUCAGCCCUCAGAAGGAAUGUUUCAACUCCCGCCUGAGUGACUGCAAGAAGGUGGCCGAAGAGGCCUUUGGGCGGUUGAAGGGACGGUGGAGGUGCCUCGCCACCCGCUUGGAGGUUGCCGAAGAGAACAUUAUCCCCGUAGUGAUUGGCUCUGUUGUGCUUCACAACAUAUGUGAGAAUCGGGGACAUGCUUUGGUUGACGGACCUUGGUCCCAGGAGGGUGUGUGGGACCAGACCCCCGAGGGACACUUGGAAUUCCCCACAUCCCCAGAAGAUGCUCAGGAGGGAAGCCUGGUGAGGGAUGCUCUCGCAAACUAUUUUGUGAGUCAUUCCUAGUUAAUUGUAAAGGCCUUGAAUGAAACAAAGGUAUUUUCAAAAACACCUUGGGUGAAUGCAGAAGCCCGUUUGCUCUGGGCUGGAGGAACCUUCUCUGUGGGGAUCCCUUCAUCACCCCACAGGGUGGAUGGCUCUGACAGAUGUUUUCCACUCCAUCACCGCUCCACUCCAAACUUCCUUUUUUAAUUUGCCUGAGGGUGGAAGUAUAAAUACUACAACCAGCCUUUGCUCCACCAGGUUCUUGUUUUGCUGUUGUAAGCAGAUGGUGGAUUUGAGGGGUCAGAAGGUCAGGAUAAAACCCCCUUCUGGCCACGCUCUUUCACUAGCAUGUCAUUGUAUGUUAGAAACAAAGUGUGUCAGAAAGGACUUCCCGGGCCAUCUAGUCUGACCCCCGGCUCUGUUCAUGUAAUCCCCAACAUGUGGUUGUCCAAUCUUUCCUUGAACACCCUCAACAUUUUAUGAAUGCAGAGGGAGUUUGAUAGCUGUCUUGGGUUUAUUUUAGAAUGAAGAAAAGCACAGUAGAAUUUUGAUAUAAAUAUGUGCAUGGAUUAUUUUUUUUUAAUGUCAGUGCUCUUGAGCACAUCUGCAUUCUGAAGUGGUACAGGCCUGGCAGGGCUGCAUGAUAUUUCUAUAUCAGAUGUUUGGUUCUGUGGCACAGUCCUGCCUCUAGUGCUGUCUAGUCUCAAUGGGCAUUUUACUGCGCAACAGGAAUGGUUGCAUCUAUCCUUAUCCCUCUUCUAUGCCCUCCAAACCACAAAAACCAUAUCCCUUUCUUGGAUGGAUUGCUGGUUGCAGCCACCUUGGGCCCUGGAGAUGGAAGUUGCUUUCAUUAAGAAGGCAGGCCCAACUACUAGACAUUUCUUGAUUUGCUGACAAUAGAAAUGGAUGCUGUCCUGUUAUUGGACAGAAUGGCCAUCAGUCUCUGCUAAGGGGCUGGCUUUUACUGAGCUGAGACCUCCAUAAAAAUAAGCUCAGUCCUGCUAGAACUCCCUUUUGUUGUUGUUGCUAGUCGCGAAGUCGCCCCCCUACCCAUCGCGACCCCACGGACAACACUCCUCCAGGCCUUCCUGCCCUCCACCGUCCCCCGGAGGCCCCCCAAGCUCUCACCGACUGCCUCAGGGACUCCAUCCAGCCACUAGCAGCAGUAUGGGCACUGUCUGUCCUGGACCAGCCUCUCUGCAGGAGACUCAGCCUAAGCUCAAGACCUGACUGAAGUAGCUGAAGUGACUACUUAAGUUGGGCUGACUUUGAUUUUUAUUUGGAAUCCUGUGUAUGUGUGUGUUUAUUGCCUUCCCAGGUUUUUCCUGCUUAUGUCACCCUCUACCCACCCAAAUAAACUCUUUGUACUUA